GGCUUACAUUGCUCGCCUGAGCGUCAACAAAUAGUGAUGCAAAGCAGCCAAGAAAGAAUAUUUGCGGCAUGCAAGAAAACAUCGCCAGACUUCGAUGGGUGUAUCAAGAGAGCUUUCAACAAGGUGCGGCCCUAUUUUAAAAUAGGUAUCCCCGAAAUGGGCGUGGCUCCGUUCGACCCUCACUUCGCUCGGGAGGUGAAGCAGGUGCGCGCUAUCAACGGGGUCGGCUACACACUCACGCUGAACGACGUCUUUGAAAGGGGCUGGUCAAAUUCUGUUGUUACUAAAUACAAAACGGACUGGGAGAACCAGCGCAUAAUCUAUUCACAGUACUUCCCAGAAAAGUGGCUCAAUGGCGACUACGAGUUCAAGGGUGACGCGUUCGGCUUGGGCGUGCUCCGAUCUGGUCGGUGGAACAUGACAUUGCGAGAUUACUCCCAAACGACGCGCAUCAAGCGGAACGGCACAGGGGUAGACGUGCACGUGGAAGUGGACCAUAUCGGCGACAUGGAGAUACAUGUGGGCAACCUCGUCCGGGGAAAUGGAAUACUCGAGCGCAUGUUGGACCGACUGAUCAAUGCCACAUGGAAGCCAGGCUUCGCAGUCAUUAGACCACUAAUUAACGACCUCGUCAGCACUGCCUUCACCGACAUCUGGAGCCACUCCUUCAAAGAUUUUCCCCUCGACAACUUCAUAAGAGACUGAUAUUGUUGUCUUGUUAAUAUUUAAGUGUUAAGUAAGUGUUGAAAUUGAAUAAGUGCCAGUUUGUGAAUACAAACGCUAAUAUAAUAAUAGAAUAAUUCGUCCAC